CCGGAAGGCUCCGUCCGCGGCCAUGGUGGUGCUGAGCGGGGCUCGGUGGCUGCGCUGCCGCCUCACCGACCGCUUCUGGAGGGUGCAGGAGGUGCUCAAGUACGCGAGGCACUUCCGUGGCAGGAAGAACCGCUGCUACAAGCUGGCCGUCCGCAGCGUCCGGAGAGCCUUUGUGAAGUCCACCAAGGCCAGGAGAGAGAAGAAGAGGUUCCUGAGAGCGCUCUGGAUCACUAGGAUUGGAGCAGCUUCCCUGGAACAUGGUCUGAAGUACCCUUCUUUCAUAAGCAAUCUGCUUAAGUCCCAGGUGGAGCUGAAUAGGAAAGUGAUUGCAGAUCUGGCUAUUUACGAGCCAAAGACAUUCAAGUCCCUAGCUGCCUUAGCCCAGAGGAGGAGACAAGAAGGCUUCCUCGCCGCGCUGGGAGACGGGAAGGAACCAGAGGGGAUCUUCUCCCGCAUCGUACACCGCCAGUAUUGAUGGUGAAGAGCCUGCACACACGUGUUGUGAACAGGAGCUUGUAUCGCAGGGCCAGCUCGCUCCCUGACCGCUGCUGAGAGCCUGGCUGUGGAGCAGAGCCCUCGGAGAUGGUUCCAGAAGGACGAGGGGAGGGCCUGGGUGCAGCGGUGACUGUCCCCUGGGGUGUUGUGACUGAAACCGCGGUUUGAAGGCGGGACUGUAGAAAUCCCACUGUUAACAACGUAUACAUCACACUUCCUGUCCCGUUAUGAGCUUAAUAAAGGCGAUUUUGGUUAA